AUGGUUGCUCGAAAGCUCUUUUAUGUCUCUCUGCUCCUCGCAGCGGGUCUCGCUGGUCUGGCAUCGGCUGAGCUGACUCCGGGAGGUAGCGACCAUGCCAUUCGGAUGGAAAGGCGGGCGGUGCACAACCGGCGCUCGCCCAAGCCGUCACCAGCGCCAGCGCCUCAAGGUUUGGGAGACUUGUUUAGUUUUGGUCAACCCGGCUCCACCACCUCUCAGAGCAGCUCCUCGAGUUCCAGGUCCGAAAGCGACACGACGACUUCCACCAGCUCGUCGAGUAGCGCUUCACAAACUUCCACUUCCUCUUCCUCCGACACCGCUGCUGCAGCAUCAGCCUCGAGAGCUUCUCAAUCCGCCGCAGACGCUUCAUCCAGAUCUGCAUCCAGGGCUUCUGAGUCUGCUGCUGCCUCUUUCUCUUCAGCACAACAGGCGUUGCUCACCUCAACCAACGCUCUGGGAGAGACUUUGACACUGACCAGCACCAUCGCAAACACACCCACUCCCACUAACACAUCCGAUGCCAACAAGGAUGAAGGUGAUACCAACCACACUCCUCUAAUCAUCGGUGUGUCUGUGGUGGGUGGUGUCGCCCUUCUUGGUGCUCUCGUCUUCUUAUACAUGAAGUUCGGCGGCAAGCGUUUCUCUGACUUCAACGAUGACGACGGUAAGUUGCGCGGAGCACCUCCACUAUCCUCCCCAGUCAGCGCAAUGCUUACAUAUCUCUGUCACGCACUUCUCGCAGCUGACAUCAAGUGGCCUGAGCUCAAGCACGAUGGCGACAGUGCAGCAAUGCAACCUUUGCCUGCCAGGAGAACUGGCGGUGCCGGUUUCGACAUGGGCGGCGAGUCGGAUGUCGGCCACGAUGACGACGGCCGAAGCAUGCGAGAAUACGGCAACAAGGGACGCGACAGCUUUGCCAACUCCACAGUGGCCCUCAAUGCUCCAUCAACCGUAGGCGCAGGGGCCUAUUCACAAGGCGGCUUUGAGGAUGGUUCCGCUUACGGUGGCCAGCACGGCGGAGUGCAGGGUUAUUACGACCCUUACGGCCAAGGCUACGCACCAGGACAAGAGCAAGGUCAAGCUUUCUACGGUGAACAAGCGCAAGGAGGUGGUCACGGCUACGCGGACCACGGUGGAUACGCCGAUCCCAAUGCCGCUUACGCCGAUCCCAACGCGGGGUAUGGAGGUGCGCCAGCUGAUCCUUACGCGCGUGGCCCAAGCCCUCCUGUGCAACAACACUCUGCACAGCCAAUGCACAACCCAUACGGCUAG